AUGUUCUCAGGUUAUUUGAUGGCUGCAGUAUAUCACCUGGGUGGUACCAGCGGUUUCAAGGGUUGGCAAUGGCUGUUUAUCGUGGACGGCAUCAUCUCGCUGCCUAUUGCUAUAUCUGCUUAUUUCAUGCUCCCUGACUUGCCAGAGAUUGCCAAUCCUUGGUAUCUGUCUGAAGAAGAGGUGAAACUUGCCCAGAAGCGAAUGGAACUUGAAGGCCGCAGCAAGAGAGCACCGUAUUCAGUGGCAAAGAUCAAAAAGAUACUCUCGUCGUGGCAUAUCUAUGUGCUUACUCUUCUCUACGUGUAUUUGAAGACCUCAACGAAUCCGAAGUACAGCAUCACGCAGAUCAACAGCUAUCCAACACUAACCAGCGCCGUGCAAGUGAUUACUACUCUGGCCUAUGCUUGGUCUUCCGACACCUUCCUGCGCGGCUCUCGGUGGCCUCCUAUCGUGUUCGGCGGUGCCAUGAAUAUUAUGUGUGAGGUUUCUCUAGCAGUCUGGGAUAUCCCAGUUCGAUGGAAGUGGGCAUCGUUCAUCAUGGCCGGUUGUGGUGGUGGACUAAGUGGUCUCUGUUUUGCAUGGGCCCAUGAAAUUUGUACCGCCGACAACGAAGAACGGGCGAUUGUCACAGCGACUAUGAACGAAAUGGCAUAUGUUCUGCAGGCAUGGCUACCAUUGAUUGUCUGGCAACAGGUCGAUGCUCCAAGGUAUCUCCAUAAGCGUGAAAUAAGACAACAGAGCGAGCCGUUUCAUCGAAAUGCUCAAGCCGAAGAAGCUCUUGACUCGGGGGAUCUGAUUGAAGAGAGGACCGAGCCUCUCGAUCAGAAAGUCGCGGCUAAGGAAUGA